GUAAGCGCUGCUGAUUUUCUCUAUAGUCUCUGCCAAAAGCAACAAAAACGAAUAAAACGAAGUGCAGUCUAUUUAGUUAGCUUCUCAUUAUCUAAAACAUUCUCUGAAUUCAAUCAGAAAAAUGUCAAAUCCAGCCCACACAGAUAUGGUUGAAGAGGACGCAGCAGAUCUGCAGUUUCCAAAAGACUGCCGAAAAGCUCCCACCGAACGAGAUAUACAGUCAUUUACUAAAUACGAAAUCUUCACUUCAGACCCGACUUGUUUCACCUGCGAUUCUAUUCUGUCCGAGCCCUACAUAAAAUGCGCGAUCUGUCAAAAUGCCAACCUGUGCCCAAAAUGUUUCUCUCAAGGAUUAGAAUGUCUCCCCCACAGGAACGAUCACGACUACAUAGUAAUUCACAACGAAUUUCCCUUAAUCGAUUCGUCCACGUGGACAGCAAAAGAGGAAUCAGAUUUCCUCACAGUCCUGCAGGACUGCGGUUUUGGUAAUUGGGUGGACGUGUCCAAGAGAAUGCCGGGGAGAUCCCCCGAUGACUGCAAAUCCCAUUAUUUAAAUAAUUAUGUUGACAACCAAAGCCUCCCAGGUUUGCCCCUCAUGAGGGAAUCACCAUCGACACUAUUUUCCCUGGAAUCCAUUCCCUUCUGCUUCAAGCUUCAGGACUUGGAGGAACCUCCAAGGUUCGCCACAGGCAGCUCCAACAGUCGUCUCCUGGCAGGUUACAAUGCAGCAAGAUCAGAUUUCGACGUGAAUUUUGAUAAUCACGCUGAGCUACUGAUUUCUGAGCUGCAGUAUAACGAGUUCAGUCCAGAGGACGAGGAUUACAGAUUGGGAACUAGUCUUCAAGCCGCAAUUGUCGAGUCUUACAACAACAGAUUGAAGGAAAGAUCCAGGAGAAGAGCAAUUGUCCGGGAACAUGGUCUCAUCGCCUUCCGGAGAACAAUGUCCUGGCUCCAAAGGUACGAGACCACCAUCACUAGGACAACUGCUGAGAGACUUCUAAUUUUUAUGCAGUUAGCUGGGGGAAUGGAAUUUGACUACAUCCUGGAGGGACUACAUCGGGCUGGAGAGCUCAAGAAUUCUCUGAGGAGACUUCAGGAUUACAGGAGGAAUGGUAUCAAAAGGCUUCACAGUGUUCCUAUGUUCAGGAAGCUAUUGGCAUUGAAGAAUGAGAGCGACAGGGAGAGGAAAAUAUAUAUGGGAAGUGUUGAAUGCAAUUGGCGGAGUGGAGCUCCUGAGAAGCUGCAGGAGGUAGCUGUUGUCUCUGGGGGCUCAUCCAGGAGACAACCACCUCCUCUAGAUAUCAGGGGACUCCCUGCAGAGGAGAAACUGAGGCCUGAAGAGAGGGAACUCUGUAUUCAUGCUAGAAUCCCUCCGGAGCAGUAUCUCGAUCAUAAAAAAUUGUUGAUCAAUGAAAAUAAGAAAAUGGGGAGUUUGAAACUGGCGCAGGCCAGGACUUUGUUGAAGAUUGAUGUUAAUAGGACUAAGAAACUUUAUGUUUUUUUGGUGGAGCAUGGAUGGAUUCAGGCCAAGACUUCCUGAGGAGUUUGAAAAUGCUGAGACUCUACUCAUCUCGGAAGUUCACAUGCUCCUGGAGCACAGGAAGGCGCAGAACGAGUCAGCUGAGGAGGAAC